GCUCUGAUCUCACUACCUGAGGAAAGCCACUUCAAGGACACUGGAGUCACACACAGAGCACAGAGUCUGAGUACAGAGGAAUUUUACCUCCUCACUGGCACAAACCAAAGUCAAAGCUUCUCUUUGCCUGAGUGGAUCACACUGACUCUAUUCUGACAACGUGUUAGUAAGACACAGAGAUGGCUGAGGCACAUCAGGCGGUGGGCUUCCAGUUCACUGUGCGCCCUGAUGGUGUGGACUUUAAACUCAGUCAAGAGGUCAUCAAAAACAUCUACCUGUCAGGAGUGACAGCAUGGAAGAAGAGAGCCAUACAGUUCAAGAAUGGUGUAUUAGCUGGAGUCUAUCCAGCCAGUCCAUCCAGCUGGCUGAUAGUUGUGAUUGCCAUGAUGAGUUCGUUGUAUAUCCGCAUAGACCCCUCUCUAGGAAUGAUUGAUGCCAUCAAGGAUAACCUACCACAAAGAGAACAUGUGUCAGUGCAGACCCGAGUGGUGCUGAGUGCCAUCCUCUUUGCUACUGGACUGUGGCUGUUCCUCAUCUACCUUUUGAGAUACACUCUCAAAGUUCUGCUCUCCUACCAUGGCUGGAUUUUCGAAUCCCACGGAAAAAUGAGCACAUCUACCAAAGUGUGGCUGAGCCUGGUGAAGAUGUUCUCUGGACGCAGACCACUGCUUUACAGUUUCCAGGCCUCUUUACCCAGGCUCCCUGUGCCCAGUGUGGAUGAUACAAUCCACAGGUACCUUGAGUCAGUUCGUCCUCUGCUGGACAAUGACCAGUACAACCAAAUGGAGAUUUUGGCCAAUGACUUUAGAGAUUUCAAAGCAGCCCAGCUGCAGAGAUACUUAAUCCUAAAAUCCUGGUGGGCAACGAAUUAUGUAAGUGACUGGUGGGAGGAGUAUAUCUACCUCAGGGGCAGGAGUCCUAUCAUGGUAAACAGUAACUUCUAUAUAAUGGACCUCUUGUAUAUGACCCCAACACACCGACAGGCUGCACGAGCAGGGAACGUGGUCCAUGCCAUGCUGCAGUACAGACGCAAACUGGAACGUGGUGAACAUGCACCGCUGAGGGCUUUGGGGACCGUUCCUAUGUGUUCCACUCAGAUGGAGAGAAUGUUUAACACCACCCGCAUCCCUGGCAUUGAAACAGAUAUUGUGCAGCAUCUGACUGACCGUAAGCACCUGGUUGUCUACCACAAGGGCCGCUUCUUCCAAGUAUGGUUAUACACUGGAGGGCGCCACCUCUUACCCAGUGAACUUGAGACACAGUUUCAAAGGAUUCUUAAUGAUACAUCAGAACCUCAGCCAGGAGAACUCAAAUUAGCUGCCCUGACAGCAGGAAACAGAGUUCCCUGGGCUCGGGCUCGGAUUAAAUAUUUCAGUCAGGGAGUGAACAAAGUGUCCCUGGAUGCCAUUGAGUCAGCUGCCUUCUUCCUGACACUGGAUGACGAGCCGCAAGGUUAUGACCCUGCAAAGACUAAUUCACUCGAUAGUUAUGCUAAGUCCCUGCUGCAUGGAAAAUGUUACAACAGGUGGUUUGACAAGUCUUUCACCCUGAUCUCGUAUCCAAAUGGAAAAAUUGGUAUAAAUGCUGAACAUUCUUGGGCUGAUGCACCAAUUGUAGGACAUAUGUGGGAGUAUGUCCUUGCAACAGACUGCUUCCAUCUUGGCUACACAGAGGAAGGACACUGUAAAGGGGAUGUGAACAAGGGCCUUCCUCUUCCCACUCGACUACAGUGGCAGAUUCCAAAGGAGUGUCAAGAAGUCAUCGAGACCUCAUACCUAUCAGCCAAGCAGAUAGCUGAUGAUGUGGACUUUCAUGGUUACCUGUUUACUGAUUUUGGGAAAGGCCUGAUCAAGAAGUGCCGGACCAGCCCUGACGCCUUUAUUCAGCUGGCCCUGCAGUUGGCGCAGUUCAGGGAUCAGGGAGUGUUUUGUCUGACGUACGAGUCAUCAAUGACCCGUAUGUUCAGAGACGGUCGGACAGAAACAGUACGCUCCUGCACCUCUGAGGCAGUUGCAUUUGUCAGAGCCAUGGAGGAUGCAGAUGCAACAAAUGCCCAGAGACUUGCCCUGUUUCGGAAGGCAGCAGAUAAGCAUCAAAACAUGUAUCGUCUGGCCAUGACUGGUUCUGGUAUUGACCGUCACCUCUUCUGUCUCUACAUAGUGUCCAAGUACCUUGGUGUUGACUCACCAUUUCUUAAGAAGGUGCUGUCAGAGCCCUGGAAGUUGUCUACCAGCCAGACCCCACAGCAGCAGCUCAAUUUAGUUGACAUCAAUAAGUUCCCUAAAUAUGUUGGUGCUGGUGGUGGAUUUGGCCCAGUGGCUGAUGAUGGUUAUGGUGUGUCUUAUAUCAUUGUUGGGGAAAACCUCAUCACAUUCCACAUCUCCUGCAAGUUCUCUUGCCCCAACACAGACUCAUACCGGUUUGGUCAGAACAUUCAGAAGGCCAUGCUUGACAUCCAAGGACUUUUCAAGCCUGAAAAUGAUGAGAAAGUGGUGGAGCGUAGAAAGCACAUAGAAAAUGGGAAAAAGCACAUAUAACAGACACUGUGGGAUGUUUUGAUGGAUUUAGCUGACAUACAACAUUUCCACAAUUCAAUUAUUGGGAAUACAGAUGGUCAACGGUUCAUCUCCUGAGGGUUAAGCAGAUUUCUUCUCGUCUAUGACUUAUAACCAUGAUUCAUCUGUGACUUCAGAGGAAUGCACACAAGAGCAGCAUCAUCUGUUUCUGUUUAAAAUCAAUCUGCAGUUCUAUGAUGUAAGUAGAUAAUGUCACAUUUGAUUCAGGUCAUUCACAGGACUGCAGCCCCCAAAUAGUGAGAACAAACCAUCUUCUAUUUGAAUAUUUAUUAGUUUACGUGGGGACAAUACAAAAAGUCAAAGUAAUAAAAAACAAACCAUUCUGCUCACACUCAGUUUCUUUCAAGGCAUCAGUUACAGCAAUGAACUAAAACUAGGCUUUAUAACUGUACAAAGUGAAUGGACAAACAAAAACACCAUCACACGAUCCUUGAUGUCGCUUGAUGAGAGCAAUUUUAAAAGAGGCAACAGACUCCAAACUUCCUAAGAUUCAAAAUGAAUCAACAGUAUCAGAUUAUUGUCUUCAUCACUCUCUUACCAGAAGCUGCCUGCCAGUCGAGCACAUUUAACAUAACAGAAUACAACAGACACAAAAGGCAUAUGGAUUUUAAGUAUGCUCUAUUUCUUACCAAUUUUUUAUCAUGGGGAUACUGCAGGUUGAGUCCACUGGGUGGUGACAUGCUCCCCGAGCACUGUGUGGGGCUGUUUUUCAUGUAGAUACACGCCAACCCAGUCUUUUCUGUGUA